UUUUUUUCUGUAAUGUCUGAUAAGGUGAGUUCACCGGCCAUCUUGGGAACUCUCGCAAUACUGUCUCUGGUCAAUACUGUCUCUGGUUUCUGUUCUUCUUUGGUGUUUUAUAAUGGUUGGCAGACCUGCUUAAUGUAAAUUACAAGCACAUACUGAACUACUUGUACACAAUAAUAGUGUACACAAUAGUCUUGUACACAGUAAUAGUGUAAUGAUAGUAAUAGUGCAGCAGGUAGCUUUGCUGUGUCACAGGUUCAUCAGUUCAAUCCUGUGCUCAGGAUACUGUCUAUGUUGGUUAGCAUGGCCUCCCUGUGUCUGCCUGGGUUUCCUUCAUGUUCUCCGGUUUCUUUAAACCCACCAAAAGCAUGCAGGGAAGUGGCCUGGUGCCUCUAAUUUGCCCCUAGGUGUGAAUGUGUGUGUGCAUGGACCUGGCAUCCCAUCCAAGGUGUAUUCCUGCCUCGCAUCCAGUUCCCGGGAUAGACUCCAGAGCUGCCACAACCCUGAAUACUCUGGAUAAACAGAUUACCUAAGAUGGAUGGAUGAAUGAAUGAAAAAUAUUAUACAUCAGCAUUUCAGCGUGGCUUUUGCUAUGUCAAAUAUCCCUUAUAGUAUAAUAGAAUAUUUUGUACUGUCUCCCUAGGCUCUUGUGCUCUUAAAUGCUUUGAGCUACUCCAGAAUAGGGAGAGAAGUUGUGUAUGAGAUCAGGAAAACGCACAUUUGGUACUUUUAUUUUGGCAGUUUAACUGCAAUCAGCAGUUCGGGGGAAAUACAUAUUUUAUCAGAAGUACUGUUUAUUCUCUCCCAAAGUAUGGUGAGUAAUUUUAUCCAUCUUUUCACCCCCAGCAAAGCCAGAGAUUCAGUCCCAAAUAUGCUGACCUUAACAGAAUCACAUGAACGUAAUGUGAGGAUAACGAUUAGUUCACUGAUAAACUAUCUGAUAAUCUUUUACUGGUGAAGAUAUUUUCUGAGAAUGGAUAUUUCCUUCAGUUCCUCUGAUUCCCAAGGUUGAGUGUUUGGAGCCAUGUAGAUUUGUAGAAAUUAAUAUUAUUGUGUUAAAUCCUCUCUAGAACACAUUGAUUUUCUGAAGAUCUCUUCAUCUACAGUUAAAUCAGGGGCAGGAAAUGGGAAAACCAUAGCAGUAUUAAUGUCCUAGGUAAUGUUCCAUCUCCAUAUAUUCCAUUUUUUUCUCCCACCAAAAUCUGUUGAUCUGUUGAGUUGAUCUCGUCAUUGACAUUUAAAAAAAAAAAUAGUUGCUGUUAGAUGACCUUUUCAGAUUGGUCCAGUAAGCUGUAGGUAACUUUAUCCACUCUCCAGCUGGUGACACAGGAAGCUUUAACACCACAACACCUCCUUAAUACCCGUCAUAUGUCAAGUUAGCAGUAGCUGCUCAGAAGAGAUGACCUAUCAACUGGCCAAUCACAUCCAGAGAAGCAUGUGACUUUUACAUUUGCCAACUAUUUUGUCAUCAUGUAAACCAGCUUUGGGUCCAAGCACCCUCACCACUUUACAUUUACAACAUUUACCACACAACAUUAUCCAGAUCCAUUAUCUCAUUUACUCAGCUGAGCAGUUGAGGGCUCGUUCAAUGGCACAGCUUGGUGGUGCUGGGAUUUGAACUCACAGCCUUCUGAUUAUUAGGAGGCUAAUCUCUUAACCACUGAGAUGCCACUUGCUCAAGAACCUGCCCCUAUCAUCUUAGCCCUAGAGGACUAGUUUAUGGCCUUCUGGAGGCACACACUGUGUAUGUUUUUGUGACUGAUUUCCUGAAUCACCAAUUAUUCUCCCUUUGUUCCACAUCCGCAAUGACUUUGUAAAGUUUGGUUUGACCAUUGAAAAAAUGUCAUUAAUCAUAACAAACCAAAAUAUAUAUAUAUGAGAGAGAGAGAGUUGUGUUCAUCACAUUAUACCAAAGUUCAGUGGUGUCCCCUAAAUGUAAAUGUGGCAUGAAAGAAUAAAUUUUUUGUCCAGAUAAAAUACAGACAGUUGGUUAGGGCACUGAUUCUGCGUCAUUCCCCAGGUGCAACCUUUCCAACGUACUUAUCAGCAUCUGUCACCUUCCGUUACACAUCUUCAUUCUCCCCUACUCCAUCUGUUUACAGGAGAGACUUCACUCCUUCACUCCAACAAACAUUCUGAAGGGUUAAAAUUGUAGAUCUACAAUUUUAUUUUACAUUUAUAAAAUGAAAUUGAAUGCACUGGCCUUAUCAAGCAUUGUAGUGGAUUUAGUCGUUGUGAUAAACAUUUGUUUGGUACUUAUAAACUAAACUCGUCAGCCUGUUUCAAUCCUCACGUGUUUACGAUUCCUUGCUGUUGCUAAUGAGAUUACAGAGCAUUAUGUUGUUUUGGGAUUAGUCAGCGGAUAUUCAGGUGGGGGACAGCAGCGUAAAACGAGUAGCAUUUAAGAGUCUCAAAGUGGCACAGCCUUGUGAGGCACAAAACAGCACUUUGAAUCAGAUAUGAAUGGUUGCUUUUGAUGAGUGCAGACAUCAGGUAUAAGGUACGUAAAGAUUAUCAUCUUGAAUUUUUCUAGUUUUAGCGUAAAGACCUGUUCUUUCUCUUAAACAUUGAAGAGAAAUGCAAAAUUAAACCUUGCAAUUGCCUUCUUUCAACACACAUUUUCUAAUGACAAUUUUUUAAUUUUUAUUUAAUAGCUUAUGCUAGUAGCAGUCACCAAUAAUGUAACAAUAUUUCAUCAGUGCAAGCUCUUGAUUACUUUGUCUACUGUUAAUGAUCAGAAUUUUGUAAAUAAUUUUAUUAGAUUUACUGCUUAAACAGCUUGUUUAUUUGAGUGGACCUAUUACCUGCUCAGUUUUUAUAUUAAAAACUACAUAAAUGUUAAAGGUGAAAUAGAUAAAAUAGGUUGUAUUAAUGGAAAUAUUUGUUUAUGCAGUCCUUCAGUAGAAUACACACUGCUUUGUCUUAAACUGAACUGUAAUUUGCUCUUAUUUUUUCAGCUCCUGACUUGAGCCGUAGAGCUGAAACACUAUUAUUCAUUUGCGUAUAUUAAAUGAGGUGAAGGCCAUUUGCAUGAGUCAGAAAAUCUGCCAGUGUUGAGUCUUGAGGAAGACACAGAACCAAAUAAUUCCCAGCUGCACGCCUUAACAACGUAUUAGAAUCGAAAAAUGGAUGCCAUAGUGAGGAAAUCCCUGGCCAGCUGUGUAUCAGGGGUGAAGGAUGGAGAUGGUAAGAAAGGGAAGGCUGUUAGGAGGAAAAGUGCACCCUGCUGUUACUCCCACAUCGCUUACGACUCGUCCUGGAUUCGAGCCUACCAAGCAGAGCUACACAGAGAAAGGAAACUGAGACAAGGCAUAUUAGCUCAGAAGAAGGCAGAGAGAACAGUUUUGAAGGCCCACUACAGGAACCCACACCAUUACACAAAGACACCCCAGGACAGGAAGCACUUAAAAACCAAAGCCUCUACAAAAAAAGAUGACUCACUCUUUGGUGCCUUCCAGGGACUAAGUCUCAAUAUGGACAGCGUUCGGUCUUUUAAACCUACAGCACCAAGUGCAGAGCAGUGUAAAGUCAUGUGAUAAAGAAUCCCAAAAUAAUUUUCAUCAAUAAUGUUCACAUAUCCUGCACCUGUUACAGCAACAUAAUGUGGCACAUAAUGUGGAUAAAUAUUUAACUGUUUUAAACUUAGCUCAUCAUUUUGAUUGUAAUUUUAUUCAUCUAUAUUUGUAAUUUUUUGUCAUAUUAUAUAGAUUUUCAUAUUAGAUUCAAUCAAAUCAUGAAUAAAUAAAUGGAAGUGGUGAGAGCUGCUUAAAUACAAAAGUAUAUGUUUAUAUCUACAGUUCUUCAAAAGUUUUUUCAGCUAAAUCUUUUCCAAGAUCAUCAUCUCUACCUUUUCACAUGCUAAUACAUAUGAUAUAGCCUGAAUAUGAUGUAGUCCACCCAGAAUUUCAAAUCCCAGUUCACUGGUUCGUCCAGGUCAUCUACUUCUGGGAAUAGAUUUGGUUCACCAGGUAUACAUAAGGAUAGUGAGGAGAGAAGUGAACCCUGUGUAAAUAAGUAGUCCCAGAAAUCUGUAAAACUUUCCCAGUGCCAUUUCAUCCAGUGUUACAAUCAUUUGCACAUGUUCAAGAUAAGCAAAAAAAAAAAAAAAAAAAACGAUCUCAGCACCAGUGGCGAAGUCGCCUUCAUGUAAGGUGUGACUUUGUCUAUCAUUCAAUUAUUAUGUCCAUAUUAUUUCUAUUCUAUUAUUUAUAACUCAAAAUAAUCUUCACAGGUGUCAAAAAGGAGCCAUGAACAUCAAGCAGGUAGAUGAAAACGCAAAAAAUGCUCUGAAGUAUGUUAGUGGAUUGGUUACAAAGUGAUGGCUGAAGAUUCAAAAUAGAUAAAUAAAUAAACAAAUAAGUAAAAUAAAAGAGAAAGCAGAAGAAGAACCAGGGAGAAGGGCAAGUUCAUGUAUCUGCGCAGUCUCUGAAGGUGAACGAAAUAAGCUACAACUUAUUGACACUUCAACAAAGAUAAUAUAAUUGAAAACAGAAAUGAACAAAUAGGUCUUUGGUAAAUAGAGAUAGAUCUGUACCGAUGCUUUUUUCCAGUCAGUUGACUCUAUUUCUUUGCUCAAACAGUUACAUACAGUAUAACAGAUGAAGACCCCUACAUGGUCUCAUGCACUUUAGUAUUGUUUUACCCUUGUUAUUGCGUUGCAUUUUUGUAUUUUUGUAUUCUUCAUUUCAUCUCCCCCCUGACUUUAUAUCUUUGAUUCUGUGUUUGCACCUGACAUCAAGACAAAUUCCUAGUACUGUAGAGUGUUCUUUACUGUACCUGGCAAUAAACUGUUUCUGAUUCUGAUUCUGCAUGAUUUCAGCAACACAUACAGGAAAUGGGAUAUCCUCACAGUGGAAAUUUGUUCA